UGGUAUUGAACAACUUCCCUCUCCUAACCACCUCCACUCACAAAUCGAAACCCAACCUUCCCGCAACCCCACGAAAUAUACCUACCGCCACAGAUCGUCGCCAUGGCACCCCAAGACACAUUCAUCGACGAGGAGGAUGAUACAUGCCCGUUAUGUAUCGAGGAGUUCGACCUUUCAGAUCGGAAUUUCCGACCAUGCCCUUGCGGCUACCAGGUGUGCCAGUUCUGCUUCAACAAUAUCAAGAACAACAUGAACGGCCUGUGUCCUGCAUGCCGAAGACCUUAUGACGAGAAGACAAUCCAGUGGAAGGUUGUCACUACGGAAGAGGUCGCCGAGUUCCGAGCAAACAUCCAGAAGAACCAGAAGAAGCGAGCUGUUGAACAAAAGCAGAAGGAGGUUCAGAAGCGCGAGGUUGAGAAGGAAAAUCGCAAAAACCUCAUCGGCGUCCGGGUCGUUCAGAAGAACCUGGUUUACGUGACCGGCCUGACACCCACAGUGCGAGAGGACGAAUUACUCAAGACGCUUCGCAAGCCCGAAUUCUUCGGUCAAUACGGCAACAUCCUGAAAAUCUCGAUUAGCAGUCGGAAGAGCCAGGACGGCCAACACCAGUCUCUCGGAAUUUAUGUGACUUUCGAGAAGAAGGAAGACGCCCAACGUUGCAUCCAAGCUGUCAACGGUUCCCAGAAUGGCGACCGCGUUCUCAGAGCCCAGCUCGGUACGACCAAGUACUGCUCGGCCUGGCUGCGGCACGAGCAGUGCACCAACAGGCAGUGCAUGUUCUUGCAUGAGCUGGGUGACGAGGAGGACAGCUACACUAGACAGGAUCUAUCCUCGAUGAACAGCAUCAGCUCUCAGCGGCCCCUCCCUGGAGGUGGUUCCUCGAGCAGCGGUGGCGGACCGUCUCGCACCGCUUCUCGACAACAGAAUACCGCACCGCCUGCGGCUCCCGCUUCUCAACCCAUGGCACGAUCGUCAAGCAAGGACGGCUCCGAGAAUGGCGGCGACGGACCAGCUCUGCCUGCCUCUGCCAACUGGGCAAGAAAUCCUCAGCGCAGCCGCAGGGGAAGCCACGCCACUAGCGGCGCCGCUUCAAGCCCUGCAAUCUCGACAGCUCUCCCCGUCACCACCGAGGCAGUACCCGAGGCCAUUGACGAGACCCCCUCGAGAAAGGAAACCCCCGCACCCCCGACCGAGACCAAGGCCCCGAAGCCGACCGCUCCUGCUGACAACCGAAAGUCCAACAGCCUUCCAGAGAAUCUGCUUAGACAGCUGCUCAAGGCUAUGCAGGGCUGCCCUUUCUCAUACAACGCGCCGGAUACGAACCAGAUCGAGACCAUUUACCCUCCCAUGUUCGACACCCGCGGAGGCGAGAAGAGAAGAGCCAUGCGCGAAGAAGAGGAGUCGCGCCUCGGCGUGGAACAGGAGCAACAAUCCGAGCCUCAAGAGGCCUCGGAAGGCGAGCCGGAGACUGGGGGCAGUCUAGCGCUCGGCGGCGAGCCCGAAGACCGAGAUGUUGCGCGCGACGUCGUCUUCGAGCAGCGUAGACCUGGCACUCAGCCUCCCAUCCAGCGCAACAACAACGACGGCCCUUUCGGUCCUGUACUUGGCUCUGGAUUCGGUCAAGCUUCCGUCUCUGCUAGUUCUGUUGGUGGCAGCCGGUCCAUGACGCCUCAACAACAGCUCUUCGUUCGAUCUCAGAGCGGCUUCGGCGAUCACCUGCCUCCUGGGAUCCCAACUGCGCAGCCUUCUGCGGUUCAGCAACAAGGUGGCGGCCACAACAGACAAGGAUCUAGGUUCAGCUUUGCUAAUGACACCGCCGGCACUUCAGCUUCAGUCAAGGUUGCCGCCAACCCAAGAAUCAUGGCCCAGCAGACGGCCAUGAUGCCUUCCGCUUUCCACUCGCAGCCAGGCAGCCAGUAUUAUGCAUCCUCCAUGCCCGGACCUCCUCCAGGUCUCAAGUCGACAGGAACUCCGCCAAACAUGUUUGGACAGGGCCAGUUCGGUGGCGCCUUCGGUGCGACUUCCAAGGAUUCCGCCGAGCUUCUCCAGACGUUGAUUCGGGGUCGGGGAACCAAUGGACAGGGUCAUGAUGCUGGUAAGCUUGAUCUUGCGGACCCGAGUAUCCUGCAAGCGAGAAUGCAACACCAGUCGCAGAGCAACGCCGGAGUCGGACAGGGACUGUUCGGUGGACAGAGCCAAGAUGACGAUCUCUUUUCGCUCGACGAUGAGGCCACUCUAUCGGUAGACAAACUGGUCUCUGACGACCCCCUGCCGAGCUAUGUCGGUACCCUGGGCGGACUAUCACGACCAGCAGCUCCGACUCCUCCACCUGGUCUCGGCCCUCCACAGAGAACCGCAUCGCCGGCUCCACGACAAGCACCAAUCCCCGUAAUACCAGUCACGCCACUGACGCCCUCGGCUCCCAAGCCGGCAGUCCCGACUAUGGCUAAUAUCGUGCGGACUGGCACACCAGAUCAGGCUUCUCGCAAGAAAGCCGGUGGGACAGAAGCCAAGAAGAACAUCAAAGCCUUGGCUGUUGAGAGUGGGCUAGCAAAGGACAUUGCCUCUCAGGCAUCUCCCUCCAAGGGGAAGUCUGUUUUGCAGUUGCAGGAAGAGGAUUUCCCAGCACUUGGAAACGUCCCACGGCCUGCGACCCCAGCAAAGUCAGCAGCUGCAACUCCAAAGAUAGCCCCAGCGAGCAUCAAGAAGUCCCAACCGGCAGAGGCUGCGACGCCGGCUUCAGGUCCAUCCCCCGUGCUGGCUGUUGAAGCGCCCAAAACUACAAAGGCUACGGAGAAGCCUGUACCGGGUAUCUUGAACAUUGCCGCCGCUACCAGUGCAGCUCAGGCCAAGCAACCAGAGACCACUACCACGGAGCAAUCUGACGUCUCGGCCUUCCCAGCGUUGCCAACACCAACGACUGCCAGUGUAGCAUCGCCUAUCGCGAGAGCGGCGCCCAAGACUUUGCGAGUUGUACCGACGCCCAAAGCCGAAGUGCCGCCAGCUCUACCAUCAGGUGCCGCAUUUUCUGCGGCGGCCAGGGCUGUUUCUUCCGCCUCUGGACGUCCUGGAACACCGGCUAGCGAAAUCAUCAGCGAUAGUGCCUCUAUCGUCUCCGCAUCUGUGUCUGCUUCUCGUACCAGCUCACCACCCCCUACCAGAGUGGGAACCGCACCUGUUCGCAACACAACAAAGAGCCAGCAGCGCAAGCAGCGAAAGGAGGCGCACAAGGAGCAGUCCGCUUCCAUUACUGUUGCGCCCAAAGUCGUGGAAACCGAAGAGCAGGCUCCCAUUCUCGGACGCAAGAAGAAGCAGAAGAAGGAAAAGCCGGUCACAUCGGCUCCCACACCAGUCAAGAAGCCCGUCGAGCGUGUCGCCACCCCGCCCCCUCCUCCCAAGGAGCCAACUCCGCCUCCCAAACCUAUCGUCGAGAGGACGGUGGUGGACCUACCCCCUCCCAAGGGCAAGGCUGCGAAGCAAGCCGCCAAGAUGGCCAAGGCAGCGGAGGAGAAGGGCAAGAGUAAAGAAGGAACACCUUCAACGCCGACACCACCGCCUCCUGCACCCACAGCUGUUGCUGUGCCAGAGGAGUCUCAGGAUAUUGCCGACAACCCGAAUACCUUUCCCGAGGUUGUCUACCAUGCCCUGCAUGAAGCGGGCGAAGUUCCCACCGCGGAACUACUUGCCCUCCUCAAGCCUUUCCUCGACGCUCACUCUCGCUUUGACAGGCCUUCCGCUGCGACCCUGAGCAAUAACCCGCCUCCUACGGCUACGACCAAGAAUAUGGUGUCCGAGGCAGAUCAUGCUAUCCUACUGACUGGUCAGCCGGUGCGCAAGAUCAUGGAAGGUCAGCGUGUACUCAUUACGCCCAACGGGGAUUGCCUGAGAAACCUCACCGAAGAGGAAGAAGGCAGAUAUCUAGCGCUUCAAAAGUCUGUAGCAGUUGGUAGUGACCAGCCCGACAGCUUUGUUGCGCCCCGUCAUCAGGCCCGUCCGGGUGGCUUCUCCCUGAUCAAGGGCAGAGCGGUACCCAACGGGCCCCCAUCCUACUUCCCGCCCUCGCCCAACGCACAAAAGAUGUUCUCCGAUGAUCCUGUCAAUAAGAUUCAGCGUGAAGAGGCCAUCAGCUACAUCAACCAGUUUGUUCUCCCGCGACUCAACUUGGGUAACACCAACCUGUUCCCGGGCAGCUGGAAAUCUGCGCCUGGUGCCAAGGACGCCUUGUCUGCACGGGAAACAGCCGCCGCCAGCCUGAACUCCCUCGCUCCAUACAUUUAUGGACACGACGCAGCAGCGGGCGCAGGCAUCUACUCCGCCGAGAGCGGCGGCUCAGGCAAGGACAUUCCUGAGGACGAGACACCGUUUGGCGGCCUGGACUCGCCACAGCACCAGCAGGGUAGCGAGGGCUUCGUCACCGACGCCUCCCCUUCCACCAUGGCGGCGGCCGCCGCACAGGUGGACGCCCAGCAGAGAACUGGGGCUGCGCACCCUAAGUUGCCUGGCACACCACUCAAUGCCAUGUCGCUCAUGAGUGUCGAGGACGCCGAGUCGGCGCUGGGUAUUGCGCGCAAGGAGACGGAGAAGCUUGAGAAGGGGCUGAAUCAGGCUAUGAAGCGUAACCGCCGUCUUCUCCUCGGCAGCAGAUGACUAGCCGUGAGUCUUUUGGAUCUCGUGGAGCGAGUCGUUGUGGCUGUCGCCGUGCAGACCCUGGUGCUGGGGGUCGGCGUGUUUGGGACCGUGGUGGAUUUGCUUUCUGGCGUUGGUGGAAGUGGAAUGAGAUGGUGAAGCUUCUUUGACUUCUUGAAUAGGAGAACAAUACCGUUAACAAGAUGAAGGUGGAGAAGACUACCUUCUGGACAUACAGAGGAGGGGUUCUGUUGGAUGUUCCUUUCAAAAGCGUUUGGAGAAAGCGUUUUGAUAUGAGCAUGUUUUUUUGCUGCAUGCUCGGAUACGUGUAGCGGUAGUGUAUGUAUAUUUGUAUUCUUGAGAAAGGCAAUGCCCUAGGACUACUGGCAUACCAGAUAACCUUUUCCACGGUUGGAGGCUUCUGCAGCCUCACGUGGGGAUGGAUAAAACUUAAUGAUACUGAUACCCCC